AUGCCUCAAGCUAGCCUUCUCAGCUAUCUAACAAGGCCUUCUGCGGUCUCUUCCUCCAACACUUCGCCGGGCGAAGCAUCGUCAAAGCAACCCUUGUUGAAAACCAUUAUCCCAUCGCCAACUACCGAGAAGACUUCAACUUUGACCUCUGACCUGGGCAUUCUGGAGAAAGUGCAGGAUCAGCUUUCUACAAACGACAGACCCACCACCAUCCAACACAUUCCAGAUGCUCAAAUCGUUCACAUAACUAAGUUACAUCUGCCUUCCAUUCAGCGACUGACCAGCACUACAUUACCAGUCCGCUAUGGUGAUAAUUUCUUUCAAAGUACCAUCACUGAUGAGACAGCGGCCCAACUGUCACGCGUUGUGCUUUACUCUUCUGAGCCCAUAGGAUGGAUCCGAUGCUGUCUGGAGCCUUGUGGUCCUGAUUAUGCAUCUCAGCCACAACUGAAACAGAUCUACAUCCAGGCUUUGGCUCUCCUCGCACCAUAUCGAGGACUUGGGCUUGCAACCAUUCUACUUGACACGAUAUUCGAUGGCUCAAUAGCACGGGCACCGGAGACCGUCUGCAUCUAUGCUCAUGUGUGGGAGAAGAACGAAGACGCGUUGGAGUGGUAUGAGAAACGAGGCUUCAAACGGGUCUUACUCCUUCAGAGGUACUACAGAAGGCUUAAUCCUCCAGGGGCUUGGAUCGUUCGAAAAGAAAUGGAGAACAAGUGA